AUUAGGUGAGCGCGUCUGCUCGUGUUUCUCCCGCGACGCACAAAAAGACACACACAUACAACACUACCAGAAUGCGCCAAGCAAUACUCUUAUCAAUAAACAAGUGGGUGACAUACAAGACUGCGAAUGGAAUUGGUAUAGUGGCGCGAGUGCGGGCGCGGUCGGGAAAAAAGCGAUUAAUGCCAAUUUUUAUAACCGAUAUUUAUUUCUCAUGUUAUAGACCGUCUGGGUGGUUAAUAGACUAAUGAGUUGUGUUGUUGUUGUUGUUAUGCGUCUAGUUUUCGGUACACGUCGCGCCGCGACUAGUGGAAAAUUGUGGACAUUUCAACGUGUUAUCAGAGAUCAGCAGACGCCAAGCAAAGCGAUAAAUUAGCACUCGCAACACGUUAUUACGCACACCGUGCUUGCGUUUAGGCUUCCUGAUUUCUUUUAGCGCUAAGGAGAAACAUGAGCUUUGUUUAGAAAUAUGCUAGAACAGACAGUAUUUAAAUACGUAUGUAUGUAUAUAUGUACAUACAUAUGUAUAUCAAUGUAAGAACCCGCCUCGCUCAUUUCUUCUACUCGCACACACCUACAUACAUUAAUAUGUCCGAAGAGCCCCUCAGCGUUCAAUCCCGCCAGUCACAAAGUCCGCCGCGCAGCUUCAAAUCAAGUUUAAACCAGUCCAGAGGACCCCAAGCGAGAGCGGCGCUAACAAUUACCAGACAACAGUAACAACAACAACAACAACAACAACAACAACAACAACAACAACAACGUCAACACCGUCAAUGACAAUGAUGCUUACUUAUUUACACUUGACCUCACGUAGCGCGAUAACAGCGUCGCUCCGCAGCGCCGAGAGCACAUGCGUAAUCAAAUAUGUAUGUACUACAUACACGUUGGCUCAGCCAAAUUUGGGUUUUAUUGUACACUAGCAACCGUUGGCGGCUAGAUAAGCGCACCCCACGAUUCGAUGCGUGUGCAGGUGAAUUGAUUUUGAAUGAAAUUCAUUGGUUAGUGCGUGAAAUCGAUUGCUCUCUUCAUUAGUUUACUGUUAUUACAAGCAAAAAAAAAAAAAAGGGUGCAAAAAAAAUAGUUUUUUUUCGCAUUUAAAAAUAGCCACUCACUCCACCCUAUCGACGGUGCAUGCCUGAUAGCAUUGUGUGUGUACAUCGAUGGGUACCUGCCGCGCACCCCCGCUUGCCUGUCUACACGAAAGCCCACUACCACGUCGAUGCCGCUCUAUAACUACUCGUUCCGUAUGUAGAAGGUGGCUGAUAAGAUGUAGACUUCUUAUCGCACACGCUUAUGCUUUUUUUUGUACCCAUAUAUGAGCGUGUUCGCUAGCAAACGCACUCAGUUGUCGUGAGAUCGUCUUAGCCAACGGUUCUAGAAGCAAAAAAAAAAAAAAACAAAACAAGACAAUUGAAAUUAAAGAAAAAAGAGAUUCCAAAAUCGCCAAAAACUAGUUACUAAUUCCAACUAAUAUAAAAAAAAAAAAUUCCAAAACAAAAUCUGCUACGCCAUGGCAGUAAAAAAUUCUAAAUUUCUCAGCAGCAGCCUUAACUCUGCAUUUGUGCCGACAAGCGCCUACUAUCAACACUUGAGCGCCGCCUCAGCCGCUAUAGCCGCCUAUGAAGAUUGGAAUCAUCAUUUGGAUCUACUCUCAACACAGCUAACUCAAACAUCGCCAAAACAACACUUCGAUGAGACGCUACAAAUGCACCACUUGAGGUUCCCUACACCGCCCAUCACGCCACCAUAUAAUAAGAGUGGCUAUAAGACACUGGUUGCCAGCAGUUCGCAACAGGCACUUAGCACGCGCACACAAUCGGUCAUUAUGAAAAUUGGACAAAAUCAUAAUUUGAAUACAACAAAUAUGCCAGCAAGCGUAACGGAGCCCCCAGUCGAUGAUAUGCAUGUGGAUAUAAUUGGCUUGGAUGAUACUGUGGGCAGCGCUGAUGCGCUACAACAUGAGACGACGAGCAGAAUGACGACAUCCAAUACAUCCGCGAGUAGCGCCAGCUCGACACCGAAACGCAGUGAAUAUGUUUGCGAAUGGAUUGAUUGUGGCAGAGAUCACAAUAGCCUCGAAUCACUUGCUGCCCACGUAACCAAGGUACACGCUGUUGCUUCACCCGCCGACGGUUUGUACUAUUGCCGCUGGCAGGGUUGCACGCGCAUGCGCGGUUUCUCCGCCCGUUAUAAAAUGCUCGUACAUGCACGUACCCACACCAAAGAGAAGCCCCACCAAUGUCAUCUCUGCACAAAAAGUUUUUCACGCGCAGAGAAUUUGAAAAUUCACAUACGUUCGCAUUCGGGCGAGAAACCAUACCUUUGCACCUUUGAGGGCUGCAACAAGGCAUACUCGAAUUCUUCGGAUCGUUUCAAGCACACCCGCACACAUACCAUGGACAAGCCGUAUAUGUGUAAGGUACCUGGUUGUCAAAAACGCUACACAGAUCCAUCCUCGUUGCGCAAACAUGUGAAAACGUUCAAACAUUCGAUUCAACUAAUUGGUAGCGCUGCUAUUACACCCAUACAAAAUCACAUGAUUGCCGCCGCUGAAACGGCGCAAGCACAAAUCGGACGUCACACACAUUUACCCAACAAUAUAAUUUCUUCACCGGCGCUGAAUGCUGCUAUUGUGGCCGCCGGCAAUCAUCAUGUGCAUGAUGAACAGUAUCUGAAAUGUUACAGUGACGCCGCGAUACCAGUGUGUCAGCUAUGCGUGCCACCACCGUCACAGCCUCAUUACUAUCUCAAUGCCAUGGAGGAGGAUCUCUGCAACAUAGAAGCGGCGCAACUCGAUUACUACUACGCAACAACGACGCAUUCGCCAGCGCGGAGUAGUACAGCAUCAAGCAAUUGUUGGAGUUCCAAUGCGCAAAGCGAGGAAAACGCUGGGCAGCCUAUGGAGCUUGAGAGUCCACUCGAUUUGCGAGUGAAUCGUAAGUGAAUACGGUAUAAAAUGCGUGUGUGAGGAGCGGUUAGAAGAACAGCCAAAGAAUAAUGAGAAUCAAUCAGUGCCAAUACUAGUCUAAAAAUUAAUUUAAAAAUAAUUACAUACAUAUA